CGCCGCCCCUUCUUUCAUCCCGCUCCCGUCUCCUCGCUGCCCGCCUGGCGCGUCCCUCUGCUGUCCUUUCCCUCUCGCUGAACCGCAAGGGGUGGAAGCGGCGGGAGUGGGCCGCUACCGCCGCCGCCGCCGCCGCUGCGUGGGAAGGAGGAGGCGAGGAGGAGGAGGAAGAGGCGGCGGAGGGAAGGCGCUGCAACCAUGGCGUCGUAUGUGGGGAGUCGGACUUUGAGCAAGGACGAUGUGAACUAUCGGCUGCACUUCCGCAUGAUCAACGAGCAGCAAGUGGAGGACAUCACUCUGGAAUUCUUCUACCGCCCCCACACCAUCACCCUGCUCAGCUUCACCAUCCUCAGCCUCAUGGCCUUCGCCUUCACCAGAGAUGAUUCAACCCCCGAAGAUAAUAUUUGGAAAGGCAUCCUCUCUGUGAUAUUUUUCUUUCUAAUCAUCAGUGUUCUAGCUUUUCCUAAUGGCCCUUUCACCCGUCCACACCCUGCAAUAUGGCGCAUGGUAUUUGGUUUGAGUGUACUUUAUUUUCUGUUUCUGGUAUUCCUGCUCUUCCUUAACUUUGAACAAGUGAAAUCAGUGAUGUACUGGUUGGAUCCUAACCUACGAUAUGCGACAAGAGAAGCAGACAUUAUGGAAUAUGCUGUGAAUUGCCAUGUUAUUACCUGGGAACGAAUCCUAAGUCAUUUUGAUAUAUUUGCUUUUGGACAUUUCUGGGGCUGGGCAAUGAAGGCUUUGUUGAUCCGCAGCUAUGGAUUGUGUUGGACUAUUAGCAUCACCUGGGAGCUGACAGAGCUGUUCUUCAUGCAUCUACUGCCGAAUUUUGCUGAAUGCUGGUGGGAUCAAGUUAUUUUGGACAUCCUCCUAUGUAAUGGGGGUGGCAUCUGGUUGGGCAUGGUGGUUUGCCGCUGGUUAGAGAUGAGGACCUAUCACUGGGCAAGCUUCAAGGACAUUCACACCACCACAGGUAAAAUCAAGAGAGCUGUUUUACAGUUCACUCCAGCAAGUUGGACAUAUGUUCGCUGGUUUGAUCCCAAGUCUUCCUUUCAGCGAGUAGCUGGGAUAUAUCUUUUCAUGUUUAUCUGGCAGUUGACCGAGCUGAACACUUUUUUCUUGAAACAUAUCUUUGUUUUUCAAGCAAGUCACCCUUUAAGCUGGGGUAGGAUUCUCUUCAUUGGAAUUAUUACAGCACCAACUGUGAGACAGUACUACGCUUACCUCACAGACACGCAGUGCAAAAGAGUAGGAACUCAGUGCUGGGUAUUUGGGGUUAUUGGUUUCCUUGAAGCUAUUGUAUGCAUCAAAUUUGGUCAAGAUCUCUUCUCCAAAACACAAAUAUUGUAUGUUGUAUUUUGGCUUCUUUGUGUGGCUGUUACUACUUUUCUGUGUUUGUAUGGGAUGGUGUGGUAUGCAGACCAUUAUGGACAACGAGAAAAGACAUUGUCGGAAAGCGAAGAUGGUUUGUACAUCCCGGAUGUUUCCUGGCGUAACUCUAAAAUCACUAGAGGAAUGGAAGACAGUCCACCCAAACACUCAAGCAACAGCGACAGCCAUUCAUCCAGGAGGAGGAAUCGUCAUUCAAAAGCAAAAGUAACGAAUGGGGUUGGCAAGAGAUAGAGAAAGAGAGAGAGAUUAAAAGAGAGAGACUGUCAGUUUCUAGAUUUGUUCCAGAAUUGUGCCUGAGAGCAAAGAAGGAAGACUGGGCCUGGAUCUGAAUUCCCUACUUGAAGGUCAACAAGAGGAGGAGGCUGAAGGGAACAAACUCUUCAGUAAUCAGAGGCCUCGGAUUUUGUUAAGAGGGAAUUCAUCUGUUUAUUGCAAAUCAUUAGCUGCUGUCACUUGCCAUUAAUUGGCUUGACUCUCUGCAUUUGACACUCAAGAGAGUUGAAAAGUAUUCAAAGGCAAAAGCUUGCUCUGGAGAGGUCCUGUGAUAAUGUUCAAGUAGUGUGAAUGCCUUAUGAAGAUUUUUGUUUAGUUGAGAAUGAUAAUCCAAAGUUAACUGUCAGCCAGUUGGUUUAUCUGCCUGCGGCUGUGAGUUUUUACAUUUGUUUCGCAUUUUUGUGUUCUUUAGCAUAACUUUUUGAUUGCUACACUGCCUUUGUUUUUGGUAACUAAGCUCUUCUGUGCUAUUCGGUUUUAGGAAACAGCGCUUCCAUUUUUGAGUCUGAGGGUGCUGAGUAUUACAAAGCAUAUUCCACAAUUUUUGUAGUGUUUUUUAAAAAAUAAUGUUUCAUUCUGUUGAAUGCCUUGAAUUCACAAUCCUAUUAUGUAUGGAUUGUGUCCAUACUUAUUAACACAGGAACAGAUAUUUAUGUAAACAUAUAGCCCUUUGUUUUCUGGCGGCUGCAGUAUUUCCCAUAAGGCUGUUCCUACUCUGAAGUAUGUCAUGUAGACCCUGUGACCAACAAGUUGUAAAACUUGACCUUAGAUUUAAAGCCAAAUGUAUGUUUAUGGUUUUACAACAAUCUCCCUGGCUUGAUAAAAUGCUUAUUCCAGGAAAGCACCAUUCAGCAUUGCUAUUUAAACAAAACAAAAGACAAUAAGAAACACUAUACAUGAAGUCAUUCAGAUUCCUUCUGGGAUUUUUUCCUGUCUGUUUCUUAGGAAAUAAUCACAAAUGUCAAUUCUUAGUCAUUCCCUGGAAAGGAAAAUGGUCACCAUAUUGAAGUAUUAAAUGUUGAACCUUAAGGUAUCAGAAGUGAAAUAAUUCUGCAUUUUCUUUGUUUGGCUUGACUUCUGUUGUGUGUUCCAUGUGGACUGUGGGGCAGAUUAUGCCAAGAGACUUGUCCAAGGUGAUCACUUUAAGUAAGAACCCACAUCCUUGCCAUUGUCUGGGAGGUACUGCUUUGAGAAUGCCACAGGCAAUGCACCCCAAGGUCUGAUCUGUUGUAAAGGCUUCAGCAUACAAAUCAAACAACUGUACAUAGUAAAAGGCUGCCGUAAUCCAUGCUGUUUUAUGUGCUGCAGAAUAUCUCCUUUUCUAAUACAAUCACGCUGCAGCUGCUAAGCUGUGGAAAGCUCUGUUUUUUUUUCCAGUCAUAAACGUGGGAAGCCUUGCAUUAGAAAUGGCUAUAACCUAUUUGCUGCAACUCUGCUAAAUCUGUGCAUAUUGGGGAGGGGGGGGAUCCACGCGAGGCUGGUUUUUCUUUCAUAUUCUGAAAAUUGUGAAUUAAUAAUUCCAUACACACACGUGUUGCAUAAUUCUCAAGUAUCUGUUCAUUCGCCAAGUUUCACUCCUUCAUUCUUUGUCAGUUGCAGAAAGACAAAGCAGUCAUUUUCCCCCCUUUUAUUCAAGACCAAAGCUGGAUGAUUUUACUGUCCUUAGGAAUAUUUCAAAAAAAUACUUUGAGGUUAAUAAUGCCCACUUUUUCAAAAAGCUUUCCUUAUUUUGCAGAUACUGGAACAUGCAGAAUCAUGGCUCUGCUAAAGUCAAUAAUCAGAUUCUUACUCACCUUGCUAGAGAUUGGGCCUUAGGUUUACCGCAGAGUUUAAUAGACAAAUACUGUUUUUAUAGAUGGGGCUGAUGUAUGCAGAUACCUUUAGUGUACGCAGGAUGGGCAUACAUACCUGUCUUGCAAAAUUAGAGCUCAUGUUAAUAUUCCCUGUCGCUGGGACACAGUGGGUCAUGUAUAGGGAGAGGUUUUUCAACUUUCUCAUGGUAAUUCCUGCAGAGUUGGAGCAGGGAGAUACUUUUGGAAGACAAGCAGCAGCAACUGCACCUCCAAGUUCAUGCAAUCCUUCACAUGCACACUUUGGAUUCUGGCCUAAAUACUUUUAAAAUAUAUAAAUAUGGCAUGAUAAAAGACGCAUGACUAUGCUCAGAAAAUGAGCACUCCUUAAUUAACUCUUUUCAGGAACAGGAAAGACAUCUGUGAUCUGACACUUCAUGUUAGUUUUGUUCCACUUUUCAGAAAUCCAAUGAAGUCUUCAUUUAUGGCAUUUCCUGCAUUGGUUAGCUUUAAUGAUGUAUGCUGCCUCAAUGCAUCAUUGGCCUGUGGGGAUGAUGUGCUGCGCUUUACUUUCCAUGGCAGUUAGACCUGGACUGAUAGAAAUAGAGGAAGCUUUGUAUUCUGAAUCAGAUCAAACACAAAUCCAAGUGUUUUCUUCAACGACUGGUGAAUUCUCAAGGAGGGACACUGCUGUCAUCUUUGUACUGAGAAUUCUGGAAGAUGCAGUAUUGCUCCAAUUUGUAGGUUUCUGAACUUGCUGACUUCCUUGUUCCCUCACUCAAUUUUUAAAGAUUUUAGAUUAGCAUACAAUCCAGGUUGUUGUGAUUAUUUUUGAAUUAAUUCUUCAGUGUGGGGUUGUUACUAUUUUUAAACGUCUUGAUUUCUGUGGAGAUUGCUGUACUGCUCUAUCUGUCCAGGGGGUGGCGGGGUGGCUUGCAAUUAUUUUUUUUUGCAAAGAAAGUUUGGUGCAAAAAGAUAUCUACAAAGAGAAGGACGCCUAAGAGGGACAUAGAGCAGGAACCAGGCUGAGCAAACCUUGCUGCUGCCAGUAUUAAACCCGACUUGAGAACACUGCUUUGUUUAAAAGAUUAUAUAAAAUAAAAACCAUACAUGCAGUUUGUUUUCAGUUAUGCUUUUGUUUCUCACCUGUGAAAAAUAAACUUUUGACUGCCUGGGA